UCCUCCCCGUCAUCAUCCAAGAACCUGCCCCCAAAGCGUCAGGAGCCCGCGAUGCGGCCGGUCAAGCCGCCGCUCUCGACGGUGUCCUUCUCGAACUUCAUCUACGUCCUCGUCGCGCUCCUCGCGCUCACAGCGGCCUACUUCUCCUACAGGACGGUGCAGAUAAAGACCGAGGUCGGCGGCUGGUGGAACCUCGCCCUAGGCAAGCGGCCGAACUACAUGGCACCCCCAGAGGGUAGACACCCCGACAAAAUCGGCAAAGACGCCAACGACGAGACCGUCGAGUCCCGCAUUGAGGCGCUGGCAGAAGCACUCGGCAUCAAGUCGAACGACCUCGCAUCCGCGAUCGCCGUCGCCGUGAAGGAGUACGUGCCGCCCGCCAGCCUGUCCUCGAUCGCGUCGUCGCAGACGGGGGACGCGGUGGAAGCUAUGAUC